AUGUAAAUUGUAACUUGUAAUAACUACAAGAAAACAAAAUAAUAUUGUGUAUUAUUUGUUAAUGAUAUUGUGUAAUUACUGAUUUGUAUCAAUUGUUAUGUUUUGGUUAAUAACUUACUAAAUCAAUUCUUAAAUUUCUGAAUUCUUAGUUGAGAAUUCUGUAUUCAUAAUGUGAGCAUAUUUUGACGAUUUUCGGCCCAUAUAUUACUUUGUUAAUUAAGGCACAUAUGUUACUAACAUAGUCUAGUUUUAAUGUUGGUACAUGUCUGAUGUUCAAUUUAUAUAAGAUAUGUUUAAUAUAAUAUAGCUAUCAAAUUGAAGUCAUAAUGGCAGCGGUUUUAAAGAAAAGAGCGUUAGCUGAAUACAGCACACAAGUGAUUGAACAACAACCUCCAGUUAAAAAGUUGAAAUGUUUGGUUAAACUUACUUCAUUGCCGACUGGUGCAACUUUAUCAUUAGUGAAUACUAUUACUGCUCGAAAAACGUCUAAUGAAAUUAUACAGAUUUUGUUACAAAUAUUGGAAAACCUUCAAUUUCAAAAUGCUGAUGUCACCAGUAUAAUAGACAGACUUAGUGAACAUUUUAAAUUACAAACUGACUCUACAGUCAGAAUGUUAAUUUGUUCAGUGUUUUCGGCUGUUGGUUCAUCUGACGAGACUAAUGAAGAGAGUGUUUAUAAAAUAAUUGAAGAAAUAAUGAGAUUAAUGCAUAAUGUGAAGUCUCAGAAAAUUAAAACUAGUGGCUUAAAAACAUUAUUAACACUUGGAAAACGAAUGAAUCAUGACAUUACACUACAUUUAAAGUUAACCAACUAUGCUAAAAAAAUUUUGGGCGACUAUAGACCAAAUAUAACUUGUGGAAGUUUAGGAGUAAUUGGUGAAUUAAUGCCUGUUGAAAUUCCAGAAGGAUCAUUAAAUAUUCAUUCCGAAAUGCUGUCAUUAAUUGGAAGCUACACGCAGCAUUAUAAUGCAAAGACAAGAAGUACUGCAUUCAAUACUAUGGUUCGAUUACACGAUCGUGGUAUAAGGUUGGAUCCGACAGUAUAUCAUGAAGUUUGUUCGGUCAUAAAUGAUGAUAAUGAAAUGGUUAGAGAAGCUGCUUUAAAUGUCAUAGCGGUUUUGGGUUCAUUCUAUCCUGACGAAAGAAUAAAGGGUACCAAUGGUGAAGAAAUGGCUCGUAUGUCUGAUGAAGCAUUUGAAAAUAUAUGUAACUUUAUGACGGAUAUUAGCUAUAGAAUUCGUACUCAAGCAGCAAGACUUUUAGGAACUUUUGGUUCGGUCAGUACUCCUAUUUUACUAAAGACUCUGGAUCAAACUCUUAUGUCUAAUUUACGAAGAAAAAGAACAUCUAUUGAACGUGUUUGGGAAUGCUUAGCUAAAGGUACAGCAAUGAUGAGCGCAUUGAGUACUAAAGAUGCUCCACAAGAAAUGUUAGAUGCCCAGCAAAUAAGUUUGGUCAGCACGGGUGCAAGUGGUGCUUUUCUCCACGGGCUAGAAGAUGAAUUUCUUGAGGUGCGCAUUGCCACUAUAAGUUCCAUGUGUUCGUUAGCUACCAAUCAUUCAGAAUUUGCUAUCGUGGCUAUGGAAUUUCUUGUGGAUAUGUUCAAUGAUGAAAUUGAAGAAGUUCGUUUAAUUGCUAUAGAGAGCCUUGUAAAACUUUCUUAUGCUUCUGGUUUACGUGAUGAUCAAGUAGAAAUUAUACUUGCUGUGAUCGAGGAUUCGUCGAGCGUGGUUCGUGAAGGUUUACAUAACAUAUUUGCAUCAUUUGAAUUGUUGAAUCAAGAAGGUCUACUUAUGUGCGUCAACAGACUAAUUGAAAGUUUAAAAAAAUAUCCUGAGGACAAGAAAUCUAUAUGGAAUUGUAUGCGAAAUUUAGGAUUAAGGCAUCCAAUAUUAACACUUGCACUAGUACCCGAACUAUUAGCCAUACAUCCAAUGUUUGAAACACCUGAACCUUAUGUAGAAGAACCAUCUUAUGUAAGUGUAUUGAUUUUGGUUUUUAAUGCUGCAUCUAAAUGCAACUCGAUAAUUUCAUUACUUGAAGAUAAAACUAUUAAACACUACAGCUACUUAAGAGAUAUAAUGCCACAAUUAGUUCCAUCUCUACAAUUGGGAGGCCGUUUGUUUACUGGUAUUGCAGAAUUCAGGUCUUUAGAAUCGGAUCCGUCCAUAUCACUAAAACUUCUCGAAACUCUGGUGAAACAAGUGUCUGAUGUUAAAGGCAGUACUAAAGUGAAAAUCACUCUACUAGAAACGUUCUAUCACAAUGUCAUAAGAGUAACACAACUAGAUCAGUCUGUGAAGGGAACAGCAGAACUCAGUGCUUUAUAUAUUCACAGUCAGCUGUUAUUAAAUUUUGUUUUGAAUGACAAUAAUAAAAAAUAUUAUUCAAAUGCUGUGUCCACACAUCAAGCAAAUAAUGUGCGCACAAAUAUUUCACAAUUGUUACAGAAUGCUUUAAAGAUGCAAUACUUAUUUGUUGGCUUAAGCGUACAAGAACUAGCCAGUAUAAAACAGUUUAAACUCAAAAUGAUCGCAUUACUCUUGGUUUAUAUUGUUAAAGCCACAAAUCAGUCAGCUAGAGCAUUAUGCCAUUAUUUUUUAACUCAAUUAGAAGAUACAAUUAAGUUUAUCUCCGAGAAUGAUCUGCCUCAUGAGGUGUUCACAUCGACUAUAUUCAAAGAACUGUCUCAGGUGGAAGAAUCAAAACCGGGUAUUGUGGCCAAAUUGUUACUACCUAUUUUACAAAACUCUGAACCCACACCACCGCCGAAACCAAACACAAAUAUAAAAAUGUGCAAGGUAAUUAUUAAUAGGCCACUAGGUGGACCAGAUACUACUCACAAGUUAUCUGCUGGUCUAAUAUUGCCAAUUCCAUUAAAUGCUGAACUGUACAACUUACAUGAAGAUUCUUUGUCAUUUUUGCGUUUGAAAAUUAAAUACCCUGACCAGCAGACACAUUUAAUUAUGCCUCAAAAGAACCAUUUACGUUUGGUCAACCUCGGUGAUGAAUCAUAUUACUCACUUGACACUAAUGCUCUUAUAUCUCAUCGCACCGAAUGGUCAGAAGCGUGCUUUGUAGAGUUGAGCCUCGCGUUUGAUCUGACUGAAGCCGAAGGAGGACUAGCUCAUGUUUUACCGCUUACACAACCAUGUAUAGUCGAUUUAUGUAAACCAGUCAAACUCAAAGUGCAUCCGAAGCCCGUUAGACGGGGCUUAUAAAGAAAUACUUUUAAUUAAAAGACAUAUUAUAAAACACAUCAAAGCUAAAAUUGACAAUUUUUGUUUGAAUAAAUUAUAAAUAUUAAGCAUUUAAUUCAAUAAAUAAAUAUGGAUAUUAAUAGUAAUACAAUUGGUAAACGUUGAAUAGUCUGAAUAUUGUAG